AUGAUUAAAACUGAUCAAGGACGAAUAAUUGCUAGUCUGUUGAACAAACUAUACAAAAAGAUAAUUCUUGACAAAUUCAUAGUCCAAAAUAAAAAGGAAAAAAGAUGUCAGAGGAAUGAAAAGGAAUAUACAGUCCAAGAGAAUAGAUACAAGAAUCCUGCUUCAGAAAUCUUAGACAUAAGCUACACUUUAAUAAAACAAGCAGGAAAAAAAUCACAAAAGACUUUUAGAGCUUUUGCAAACUUGGUUCUAGAAACAGAAGAAGCUCAAAAGAAAAUUAAAAAAGCAUGGAUACUUUUGCAAGACAUGAAGAAGGCAUUUGACUUAGUUCUACUAGAAAUAAUUACAGCUUAUGAUUUAACAGAAGAAAUAAUAGCAGGAAAUGAUAUAAAUCAAGAAGAGGUAAUCUCUCUACUAAUUUGGCAGCUUUUUUAUGAUUCACUGUUGAAAAGAAUCCAAGAAGACAAAUCAUUAGGCUAUAUAGUAGAACAAGAGAUGUUAAGCAAUACAGACAUUAAUUGUAUUACAAAACAUAAGCAAGCAGUGAUUGCUUAUACAGAUGAUACUAUAUGGAUUACAAAUAAUAGAGCAUUAUAUAAAGAAAAAAGAGAGAAUAGUAUAGAAAAAAUAGGCAUUAGUUGGGCACAGAUCAGUAAUGAAGGAAAUUGGUCAGAAGAAGAAAUAGCAUUAAGACUUGAAGGCUGGCCUUUAGCAACAACAGCAGAAUUCAUAGCAAUAUGA